GCGGGGAGCGGGGCCAUGUGGCGGGUGCUGCGCGCGCUGCGGGCUGUGGCGGGGGGCGCCCUGCGGCCGGGGCUGCCCGCGCUCCCCGGGGCUCCCCGCAGGGGCUGGGCGGCGGCGGCGGUAGGCGGCAGAGCAGAUACUGCUUUUCCAAAAUUCAACAUUGACUUUGUUAUAGCUUUGCUGAGGCAAGAAAAUGCUAAAGACAUCUGUGCCAUCCAGCUACCUCCAGAAAUAAACUACUGUAAUUAUUUUAUAAUCGUGAGCGGAUCUUCAACACGACAUCUCCAUGCAAUGGCACAUUACAUGCUAAAAAUGUACAAGCAUCAUAAAGAAGAAAGUGAUCCUCAUACUGUCAUUGAAGGGAAAGAGACAGAUGACUGGCUGUGCAUCGAUUUUGGUAGCAUGGUGGUGCAUUUCAUGCUGCCAGAGACAAGAGAAACAUAUGAAUUGGAGAAGCUAUGGACUCUUCGUUCCUAUGAUGACCAGUUAGCACAGAUAACUCCACAGUCACUGCCAGAAGACUUUAUAUUUGAACUAACUCCUAACAGCAGUGAUCAUCUUGAGACAAGAACCUAAUGCAGCUGCUGAGUAGAAAGAGAAAUGAGUGUGCCUUCACGGAUCUGAGAGGCAGCAGUCUUGAUAACUGACUGAACAGGCCCUAUAUUUAUCAGUACAAAACCGUGUUUAUUGGAUUUGCCUAGGUACAAACUACAAAAAUUAUCAGAAUGAUUAAGGUUAGAAAAGACCCUUAAGAUCCAGUCCAACCAUAAAAUGUCAAAGGAGGAAUCCAGUCAUUAAGGGGCUUCUUUUGGGAGUCACUGUCUCAGUGGAGUUUGCAGUGGUAAGAGGAGGACAAAGACAGCUGCUUAAGCUCCUUACUCUGAAACUCAUGCACAGCCUCUACAGUAACUGGUUUUUCUGGUAUCUUUGAGAGGCCUGGCUGCAGUGGCAAUGCAAAAGACUGGAGUGUUGUGAGGGACAACUAUAAGCAGUAUAGUUUAGAUGAGGCUCCUUGUAUUUAGUCAUUUGCAUCUGGUCACGAUGAAUCAAGUCAUAAAAGCCAAGAGCAGCAGUAACAAAGAAGUGUGUCUUAAGUUAAUAGAACAGUCAGUUUUUCAGCCAAGGCCAGUCAGUGUUUAAUAAUAAUAAUAAAAAUAAAAAACCCCGAAGAGCUUCCAUUCCUUGUCUUGAUGUUAAAACAUUUGGCUCAUGUUAAGUGUGCAGUUGCCCCCUUUCCUAGUUUUUCUCUUGCCUAGCUUCUGGAAAAGGAUGCUGAAGCAACACACUAUAGCAGUGUACACCUUCAGCAUCUUGGAAGUGGGCAAAAGUAGUUCUAGAGGAAGCCCUUACUCAGCAGUACUUGUUGUUGAUGGACUUGAGUAUUUUUAGAAGUCACUGUGCAGUGUGUUCUUACUGCGUGGUCUGAUAACCAGUUAGAAGAGCUUCAAGAUGGUAACAAAACUUGUCUGUGUAAAAGCAAGAUGCUUUUCUCCUGUACAGGAGAGGGCUUUCAUCAUGAGAUUAGGAUCUUUUCCUUCUGGAGAAUCUUCCUCUGCCAUACAGGAACAGAACAUCCUGAGGGUAAUCACUGUUUUCCUCCAUUGUCCCACAAAUUACUUCAAGCUCUGUCUGCAUCUCUUCCCUGUACAGCAGCUACUGAUUAUAAUGCUCAGAGAAAGUGACCUUGGUUUUCA